AUGUCUAAAACCAUAGGUGUAUACACGAUCGGACCCGAGAUAGGGAAGGGCUCCUUCGCCACCGUAUACAAAUGUGUGGACAAUAACACACAUGAAUCCGUGGCCGUCAAGUCCGUGGUGCGUCUGAAGCUCAAGUCCAAAAAGCUUAUCGAGAACUUGGAGGUGGAGAUCUCCAUUCUUAAGUCCAUGAAGCACCCCCAUGUCGUGGGGCUACUUGACUAUCACCAGACGUCCACUCACUUUCACUUGGUGAUGGACUACUGCUCUAUGGGUGAUUUGUCCUACUUCAUCCGUCGUCGGGACCAGCUUGUGAAGACCCACCCGGUUGUUUCGCAGCUACUCGCACGCUACCCUUCCCCUGAGGGAUCCCACGGCUUGAAUGAAACACUCGUCAUUCAUUUCUUGAAGCAGCUCAGCUCUGCUCUUGAGUUCUUGAGAUCCAAGUCGGAGCAGUUUGAGAAGGAAAACUUCGUCGGACUUUGGGAGCUCCCCAUCUUGAAGAUUGCCGAUUUCGGUUUCGCAAGAUUCUUACCGUCUACAUCAAUGGCCGAAACAUUGUGUGGCUCUCCGUUGUACAUGGCUCCUGAAAUCUUGCGUUAUGAGAAGUACAAUGCAAAGGCUGACUUAUGGUCUGUUGGUGCUGUCUUCUAUGAAAUGACUGUCGGCAAACCACCCUUUCGUGCUGCAAAUCAUAUCGAGUUAUUAAAGACCAUCGAGAAGACACAUGACAAGAUCAAGUUUCCCUCAUCUGCACAAGUUCCGGAGUCGCUCCGCAAGUUGAUCAGAUCACUCUUGAAAUACAACCCAACAGAGCGUGUCUCUUUCAACGAAUUCUUCAAUCAUCCACUUAUUGUUAACGAGUUGGAGGGCAAGGAUAGGCCAUUGGACACAUCCGAAAUGGACACAAACCUUUUCAUCAGUGAGUACAUCUCACCAAUAAAGGCCUCUGAUAGGGCCAAGUUUGUCUCGCCAAUAAUGCCCACGACGAACGAGGACAGCCAGAGAAAUGAAGAGGGCCGUACUCUGUCUAGAUCAGGGAACUCAACGCCCCCUUCGAAUCCCCAGCUUAUCAGAAGAGACUACCCACGAGAACUCAUGGCCCAUGGCUCGAAUUCAAGGGAUGAGCAGAUCAAACUGAUCAUCAAUCAGAAUAGCCCUGAUUCCAACGCUCUCACACAUUCUAUUCAGCCAAGAUAUCACGAGAUCAAGCCGGGUCAGCGUCCACACAAUGACGUGAUUUUGGAGAAGGAUUAUGUUGUGGUCGAGAAACGUGCAGUGGAAGUCAAUGCAAUUGCUGAUGAGUUAGCAAAAGUUGGAACGAAUGCUGUGGCCUCUCACACUCAACACUUACCACCUCAGGGAAGCGAGCGCAAUGUUGUACUACUGAGGAGAUCGUCACAGAGGUCCUCUGGGUCCUCCGGUCGUAGACCAAGCUUCGGGGAAAGGAGAAUCUCAAUCUCAAUCUCUCCAACAAAUGCCUUGGGCAAAGCAAUUAGUCUUGCCUCCAAUCGUCUAUUUGGCGGGGCAGCGCAAGCUGCUGAGAUACCGGAAGAAGGCUCCCAAACUGGCGAGCUCAACAAUUUUUCGACGAUAAUUUCGAGUCCAGAUUUUGCAAACAACUUACUUUUGAAAAAAGUGAAGCUUCCUACUUCGAACACCCUCUUGGCUGCGAACAACCAGGAACAAGCUGAAAGGAGCGAAUUGCCAUACGACGAGAAAGUGUUAUCUCAAUUAGAGUCUUUGGCAACAAAGUCUCAUGCUAUUAGUUUGUUUGCGGAUGUCAAGUUCAGUCAAUUGAUUCCUUCGCCUCCAUCUACAGACGAAUAUGAUGAUGAAAUCAUGCAACAUAAUGAUUUGCUUCCCCAAAGAUGA